UCUCUCUCUCUCUCUCUCUCUCUCUCUCUCUCUCUCUCUCUUCCUAUAAAGCCUAGAGCUCCCAGGACAAGCUCUGCUAAAGAGAUAAUGUCGAGGAUAAUCGUUAAGGGUUUAUCCAAAUAUAUAACAGAAGAUGGACUUCGAGGUGUCUUCUCAACAAAAGGAGAAAUCACAGACGUGAAAUUGAUGCGUUUAUGUGAUGGCAGAAGUAGACAAUUUGCUUUUAUUGGAUUUCGUAAAGAAGAAGAAGCUCAAGAGGCUAUCACUUAUUUCAACCAUACUUAUAUUGACACUUUGCGAAUAUCUGUUGAGGUUGCGAACCCUCCUCCGAGUAGUUUUGAUUCACUCGAGAAAGAAGGGAAAGUUAAAUCUUCUAAUGCUAAUUAUGCUCAAGGAGCCAUAAAGAAACCUGAGGGUGAUGAUCCUCGGCUCCAAGAAUUGCUUGAGGAUAAUCGGAAAUUUUGGUCAAAUGACAUGUUUAUUCCUUGCAAAAAGAAGGUCUCGCCAGUAAUCGCCAUUGGUAACAAAGCUAAAAAGGCUAAAAAGAAUCUUGGUGAUGAUGCUUCUGAUAUGGAAUACUUCAAAAGUAAGAUAAAGAAAAAUCUGGACAGUGAUGAUGAAACUGAUACUAGUGAAGAUGUAGCUGGUGAUACAAUGUUGGAGGUAGAAGCCGAUUGCAAGAAAUCUAACAGUGAUGAUAUUCUUAACACUGGUCGCAUUUUCGUCCUUAACCUACCUUACACUACAACAGAAGAAGAGCUACUCAUGAAGCCUUUUAGCAAUUUUGGUGAAAUAUCAGAGGUCCAUCUUGUUCUUGACCAGGAGACAAAAAGGUCCAAAGGAAUGGCCUACAUCCUUUACCGGAUACCUGAAUCUGCAGCAAGGGCAAUGGAGCAAUUAGAUAACCAGACUUUUCAAGGGCGGUUGUUGCGUAUUUUACCAGCCAAGCACCGUGAGAAACAAGUUAAUUACACUUGUAAUAUCCCAAAAACAUUCAAGCAAAAGAGAGAGGAACAAAGAAAAGCGUCUGAAGCCGGCGGAAAUACAAAGGCUUGGAAUAGUUUAUUCAUGCGACCCGAUACUAUCCUAGAAAACAUAGCCAGGAUGUAUUGUGUGAAAAAGAGCGAGUUGCUCGACCGUGAAUCCGAAGAUCCUGCUGUACGCCUUGCUUUGGGAGAAACAAAAGUGAUUGCGGAGACGAAAGAAGCCUUUGCUAAAGCUGGAGUAAAUGUCACCUCUUUGGAAGAAUUUGCUUCAGGGAAAGGUGAUGAGAAGAAGAACCGAAGCAACCAUAUUCUCUUAGUUAAGAAUUUGCCAUUUGCUUCCACUGAAAAGGAACUUGCUCAAAUGUUUGGAAAAUAUGGAAGUCUGGACAAAAUUAUUCUUCCUCCCACAAAGACGAUGGCCUUGGUUGUUUUCCUUGAACCGGCUGAGGCACGUGCAGCUAUGAAGAAUAUGGCUUACAAGUGUUUCAAAUACGUUCCCCUGUUUCUGGAGUGGGCUCCUGGAGAUAUUCUUGAGCCAAAAGCACUUGUCGAUAGCAAUAAAAAGAAGAUUCAUGUUGUGACAAGAUCCAACUUUGAUAAGAUUGUUGGAAUCGAUUCAGACAUAACUGAGUCAAAUGUACUUUAUGUUAAGAAUCUGAGCUUCGAGACAACUGAAGAGAGUUUGAAGAAGCAGUUGACUGAAUUGGUGAAGCAUGGAAAGAUUCUGAGUGUUAAGAUAAUAAAACAUGUAAAGAAAGGGAAGUGUCUUUCAACCGGUUAUGGUUUUGUAGAAUUCGACUCUAUUGAGACAGCGACGAGUGUCUACAGAGAUCUACAGGAAACUGUUUUGGAUGGGUACGCUUUGAAAUUUAGAUUCUGUGAAAACAAGCAGAGUGACACGGUUGGGAAAGGUUCAGACAAAUACAAAACUUCGAAAAAGUUACUUGUGAAAAACGUAGCCUUUGAAGCAACCAGCAAAGAUCUAAGGCAGCUAUUCAGUCAAUUUGCGCAGAUCACUAGACUUGGUUAUCCAAAGAGGAAUAGCAGACAUGCUGGUUUUGCUUUUAUUGAAUUUGAGACAAAGCAAGAAGCUUUAAACGCUAGAAAGUCAUUAUCCGGCAUCCAUUUACACGGACGCCCUUUGGUGCUCGAGUGGGCCAAAGAUGACAAUAGCAUGAAAGCUAUCAGAGUUCGUUCUGCUGCCAAGUAUAUUGACCAAGAAUACGAUAAUCCAAGAAAGUUAAGGAGAUGCUCGACAGUUGUUUCAAAGAAGAAUGAAGUUUGAGAGAAUAGGCUGUCUCUUUUGUUUGCAUCGAGUAUAUUGUUAACCAUCUAAGAGCAAGUCCAUUGGUUAGACACUAAUGGAUUCUUAAGAUUAAAUUAGUUUUUAAUUUUGUGAUUUAAAAACUUUACAACCUUUGUUAAUCUAUUUAUUUUUUUCAUCCUCCAUUGAGGUUUUUAAUUUGUUUUUCUUUUUUAAAGUUGAAUAAAUUGAAAUCGCGUGAGGAAAAUCUUUGUUGAACUUGAUGACGACCUUUUUAGAAGGCUGGGGGAGAGUAGCUUUUUUG